GAUUUUGUUCUGUACUAGUUCCACUAUCAGGAAUCGACGGGGGGAGGGGUGGCGAGACACCCUUGAGUGGCAACCUCUAGAAAUAGACAAGGGGGCGCAACACGAGAGGCUGACAGCCGGGCAAAAACACCCCAGAAACAGACAGGAGCCAGCAUUGCGAAACCUAGGCAGCCUCUCAGCAGAGAAACAGUCGACCACACUGCCAGGGCGGAUAUCGCUACUAUAUCCAUCCACAUUUGGACUUCUGUUAAUUCAUACAGAGGAUAAUGCAUCAUUCAUUUUCCUCAACUUCCUCAACUGUGAAUAACUUUGCACAUACUGAGACAAAGAUCCAGCAGACCUCCGACAUGAAGCAGAAGCUUUUGGCUAUGACACAAACGCUGUGCCCUGCCUCUCGGGCCCAGUCCGAACCGGACCUGAAGGCCCAGGCCGCUGGUACGGGUAAGGAGAAAAUGCAAAUGAAACGCGAGAUCUCGCUGUCCAACGGAAUCUGCCUGAUCGUGGGGAAUAUGAUUGGCUCAGGGAUCUGGGUUUCGCCGAAGGGUGUCCUGAUGCACAGCGGCUCUUACGGCCUGUCGCUGGUCAUCUGGGCGCUAGGCGGCAUCUUUUCAGUGUUUGGGGCGCUUUGCUAUGCCGAGCUGGGAACCACCAUCCUCAAAUCCGGCGCCAGCUAUGCCUACAUCCUGGAGUCCUUCGGCAGCUUCCUGGCUUUCAUCCGCCUCUGGACCUCCAUUCUGCUGGUGGAGCCAGCCAGCCAGGCCAUCAUCUCACUGACGUUCGCCAACUACCUGGUGGAGGCGCUGUACCCCACCUGCCAGCCACCGUACGAUGCAGUCAGGCUUAUUGCUGCAGCAUGUCUGUGUAUGUUGAUCUUCAUCAACUGUGCAUAUGUGAAGUGGGGAACACUGGUUCAAGAUCUCUUCACCUACGCCAAAAUAGCCUCCCUCAUUCUCGUCAUCACCAUUGGGAUCAUAAAGAUAGUGGCAGGAGAGACCCAGAACUUUGACAACCCAUUUGAAGGCUCUUCUGUGGAUCCUGGCAGCAUCUCUCUUGCCCUUUACUCUGCCCUGUUCUCCUACUCUGGAUGGGACACACUGAACUUUGUCACAGAGGAGAUCAAGAACCCUGAGAGGAAUCUGCCUUUGGCCAUAGCCAUCUCAAUGCCCAUUGUGACAGUAAUCUACCUGCUGACCAAUGUGGCCUACUAUGUGGUGCUGGAUAUGCCUUCUCUGCUAGCUAGUGAUGCGGUUGCCGUGACUUUUGGGAAUCAAGUCCUGGGCCCUUUCCACUGGAUCAUUCCACUCGCCGUAGCAAUGUCCUGCUAUGGUGGCCUCAAUGCCUCUGUCAUUGCAGCCUCUAGGCUGUUUUUCGUGGGAGCGAGAGAAGGUCACCUGCCGGACAGUCUGGCCUUAAUCCAUGCAAACCGCUACACACCAAUCCCUGCUCUGUUGUUCAAUGGGGUGAUGGGACUGAUCUUCCUGUGUGUGGAGGACGUGUUCCAGCUGAUCAACUACUUCAGCUUCAGCUACUGGCUCUACGUGGGUCUGUCUGUAGUGGGACUCAUAUACCUGCGCAUCACUCAGCCAGACAGACGCCGGCCCGUCAAGCUCAACCUGGUGUUCCCCUUCAUCUACUGCCUGUGCAGCCUGUUCCUGGUCAUCGUGCCCCUCUACGGCGACACCAUCAACUCCCUCAUAGGCAUAGGUAUCGCCUUGUCCGGUGUGCCUGUGUACUACCUGUGCAUUUACCUGCCUGAGGAGAGGAGACCCAAAUUCAUCGGCCCCUUAAAUGCUGCCGUCACCAAAUACACUCAGAUUCUGUGCUACUGCUGCCUGACGGAGCUGGACGUGGAGGAGGAGCAGCCGAGUGGGAAGAGCCAGUGAGGCUCACUGAAGGCCUUCCACCCUUCCUCUGCUGAGUGCCCAUGCCUGUAGCAUGCCCUGCCCUGCCCUGCCCUGCCCUGACCCAAAUGGACCACAGCACACUGGGCAGGCCAGAAAACGUGAAUGUACAAAUGCGUUGCAGACAGUGACUGUCACACCGUCGAUGACACUUGUUGAUCACAUCACCAGUGGUUUCAGUUUACCUCAUAUUGAUGUGACAUCAAAAUGGGUGCACCAAGAACUAGUACAAACCUGUAAAUAAACUGUUUACUUGAUUCUCCACCUGUGACAGUGCACACAUGGAGUUUUUAUUUUUUCUGAGUAACCUUUUAUCAAAACCUUUCAGCCAAACAUGGACUAUGUUGACUUGAAGCUCCUCUGAAGGGUUGAGAAUGAAAGUUAUGCAUUUUUAUUUUAUUUUAAACACACAUAGAGAGAAUUGCACAAAGGUUGUUUUAUUGUAGUGUUGUGUAAAUAGCUAGGUUUGUUGUCAUUAUGUCAAUGAUUCAGAUUAGAUUUAAUUCAAGUAGUAAUAUUUUAAGGUGGAAUAGACGGGACUGACUAAAAAUGUGAAGGCCACUAAAAGGAAUGUUUUUAACAAGCGAGGAUUAGUGAAGGAGUUGCAAAUAAGGAUUAAAGAUCAGAAUUAAUAAUGAUUGACAAAAAAAUCAAUAAUCCAGUAAAUCUCAUAUUCAUUUGUAUUUUUGCCUCUUAAUUAGACUUAGGUUAGAAUGUAAGGUUCUCUGGUUAAGUGUACAAGAGAGAUAGAUGUCUUCACCACCUCUCCUCUCAGGUCGUAUCAAAGUGUCAUUGUAUUCCUUAUACCUCCAACCCCAUGAUAGAGGCCUUCUUUUCAUGAACAACUUCCUCCUGGUAUGAAAUGUGCCGUAUAAAUAAAGUUUGAUUUGAAUUUGAA